AUGCCAGUGUCUGUGGUGUGGUGGCAACAAACUGCUUGUGGCACCCUGUUUCUGCUGAUUCUGCUGGCAGCUGUCUUUGGCAAUCUCCUCAUUAUCACUGUUGCCACUUUGGACCAGCGUCUUCACAGUCCUAUGUAUUUCUUCCUCAAGCACUUGUCCUUCCUGGACCUCUGGUACAUCCUGGUGACUCUCCCCAAGGCCACCGUGGACAGCCUGACAGGCAGCACGUCCAUCUCCUUCUGGGGAUGUGUGCUUCAGGUCUUCCUGGUGGUUGCCUUGGCUUGCACAGAGAUGGCUUUGCUCACUGUCAUGUCCUAUGAUCGCUAUGUGGCCAUCUGCCUCCCGCUACACUAUGAGGUCAUCAUGAGCAGGGGCAGCUGUGUCAGCAUGGUCACCUGCUGUUGGCUUAGUGGUGGACUCUCGGGAGUCCUGCACGCGGCCACCACCUUCUCCUUGCCCCUCACAGCUUCUGGCGAGCUUCAUCAGUUCUUCUGUGAGAUCCCUCAGCUGCUCCGACUCUCCUGCUCAGAUGACUACCUGGCUGAGGUCGGAGCGGUUGCCGUCACGUCCUCUUUGAGUUUCAUCUGCUUUCUCUCCAUCACUCUCUCCUAUGUUCACAUCUUCUCAGCAGUGGUGAGGAUCCCGUCCGUGAAGGGCCAGUCCCGAGCCUUCGCCACCUGCAUCCCUCACCUGGCCACGGUGACUCUUUUCCUCGGUGGUGCCGCCAUGGCCUACCUGAAGCCAGUGGAGGAGGUGCCUUCGGCCUUCAGCCUGCUGGUGUCUUUGUUCUAUACAGUAGUCCCCCCGACUCUCAAUCCUCUCAUCUACAGCCUAAGGAACAAGGACAUGAAGGCUGCUGUAAAGAAGUGUAUACAGAUUACAUCACUGGAUUCCCUCAGCUCUGGAUAG